AUACAUCAAAAUCAAACACAAUCGAUAAAAGUAAAUAUUUAUAGUAUUAAAAGAGUACAAACUUGAUUUUCACAAGAUUAUAAAAGGGACUAUUUUGUUCCGAUUGAUUUCUUCAACGAAAAAAUGGCACCGCUUGCAUAUCGUUUUGUUCGUUUAUUAUUCAAAGUUUCAAUUAAUGCAUUUUAUGCAAUUGAAGUUGAUGGAUUAGAAAAUAUACCUCCAGAUGGAUGUCCUACGAUUUUAUGUCCAAAUCAUUCGAAUUCUCUAACCGAUCCUAUUUUAUUAUUAAGUGUUGUGCCUCCCGAAAAAAGAGAUAUGAUUCGGAUGACAGCAAAAGAUACUUUCUGGAAGAAAAAUGAUAUUUUUAGCUUAUUAGUGAAGAGUGUCGGUACAGUUCCUAUUAAGAGAACAAAGGAUUAUAAUGCAAAAGUAGACAAUACAGCAGCUAUCGAAACUCUCGUUGAGACUUUGGAAAAAGGAAAUUGUAUUUGUCUGUUCCCAGAAGGUAUCAGCAGAUAUCAUAGUCAAAUCGCAAAUUUCAAACCCGGAGUUGCACUAAUAGCGAGUGAGACUCUUACCCGUAACAAGGAUAAAGAGGAUUUUUCGAUUCAUUUACUAACAGCUUCGUUAGUUUACAUCCAUCGUGAAAAGUUCAGGUCAAAUGUGCUGGUAAAAUUCAAUCCACCCAUUGUUAUCACACCAAAGCAUCAAUCUCUCUUAAAAACAGUUGCAGAAGAUGGCAGUAAACGUAGUAGUGAGCAAGCUAUAAAUGAAUUAACCAAUACAAUGGAAGAAAUUGUUCGUUCAAAUACUUUGGAUUCACCCGAUUGGCAAACUUUAAGAAUUGCUCAUACUGCAAGAAAAUUAUAUGCAGGGGAACUUGGCACUAGAAUUUCUCUGUCAGAAUAUGUAAAAUUAACGAAGAAGUUUAUUGAUCUUUUAUCUAAGGUUAAGACCGAUGAGGAUGAUGAUAAUUCAGAGUGUUCAGAUAAUAAUAAUAAUCUUCCAAAUGGCAACAGUCUUUUGGAUAAAAAGGAAAUUAUUGUAGAACGGGUUGAUGCAGGAAAUUUAUUAAGUGUAGAUAACUUAGAAGUUCAAAAUGAAAAAAUCUCUCAUAAAGGAAUUGAUUUAGCAAUUUUAGCCAGAGAUUUAUCCGCAUAUCAAGACCUUCUCGAUUCACAUGGAAUUAAAGAUUAUAGAGUUAGUCGUCCCACUCCACUUUCUAAAUCUUCACUUAUCUUCCGUAUUUAUUUACGUAUUAUUUGGGCAUUUAUUCUUGCAUCCCUUUCAUUUCCUGGUUGGAUUUUAUGGUCUCCAAUAUUUAUUGUUGUCAAAUAUAAAGAAUAUCAAAUUCGUAAACUACCAAUUGAAGAUAAUUUUGAUGAAAUUGCUCAAUAUAAAUUGCUUAUUUCUACAAUCUUACUCAUCCCAAUUUAUUUUGUAAUAUGUUUUUUUACUUUUCCAUUUAUUCUAAUCACAUCGUGGUUAAUUCCAUUAUUAAUGUGGUUGACUAUAAGAUGGACAGAGGAUUUUUUUCAAACCGUAAGGUCUUGCCUAUCGCUCACCAAAUUACUAUUCUUACCAGCUUCAGAAUAUAGUGCUAUUCAUACGAUGAGAGAAAACAUUAGAGUUAAUGUAAAAGAAUUAGCAGUUCAUGAAAUGGGAUUACCAGAAAAUCCAGAAAAUUUAAUUAGUAAAGUAAGGCCUAGAGGAAUGGGAUAUUUUAGUAUCAGGAGAAGAAGAAAGAAAGAUUAUAAUGAAGUUUUGAGAUUAUGGGAUGUUUCGGCUUAUGAAUAAGUAAUUUUGAUAUAGAAAUAAAACGUAGAUUCGUUUAUUUUUUUUUUAUUUU